AUGGAUACGGAAUAUGAUGUCAUUGUUAUCGGUACAGGGCUCAAAGAAAGUGUUCUAAGUGUCCUAUUGUCUAUGUCAGGCAGGAAGGUUUUGGUCUUGGAUAAAAAUGUAUACUACGGCGGAGAAUCAGCAUCACUAAAUCUUACCAAUUUAUACAACAGACUGGCACCGGGAAAGCAACCGCCACAAUCAUUUGGCCACAACAGGGAGUGGAAUGUGGAUCUUAUACCAAAGUUUGUUUUAGCAUCUGGCAAACUGGUAAAGAUUCUUAGAUUGACUAAAACUUCCAAAUAUUUAGAAUGGAAAGUUUUGGAUGGUUCUUAUGUAUAUCAAUACCAAAAGGCCACCUUCCUCACCAAUACAAAGUACAUACACAAGGUCCCGGCGACUGAAAUGGAGGCUUUAUCGUCACCUUUGAUGGGAUUUUUUGAAAAGACAAGGUGUCACAAUUUUUACAAAUACAUAGCAAAUUUUGACGAGAAUGACGAGGAAACUUGGAAGGGUUUGAACCCUUUCGUUGAUCCAAUGAAUAUGUUUUACAAAAGUUACGGCCUUGAAGAUAGCACUAUUGCCUUCCUAGGCCACGCGGUGGCACUUCACACUACUGAUGACUACUUAAAUGAACCCGGUAUUAUCACUAUUAAAAAGAUCAAACUUUACAUGAACUCCCUGAUAAGAUUUGGCGAUUCACCUUUCAUUUAUCCUAUUUAUGGAUUGGGAGGAUUGCCUGAGGCAUUUUCCCGUCGUUGUGCAAUACACGGAGGCGUGCAUAUGCUGAAUAAACGAGUCAAGUCAUUUUUAUUUGAUGAAAUGGGCAAAGUAUCUGGUAUUACAACAACUGACGGAGAAACUGGGAGGUGUAAAAUGGUAGUUACAGAUCCUGGCAAUUACCUGGAAAUUGCAGCUGCUACUAACAUUAGUGCCAAAGACAGACUUAAAAAAAUAGGGCAGGUGUGUAGAUUUAUUGCAAUACUAAACCACCCGAUACCGGGUACAAGCGACGCCUCCUCGUGCCAAAUUAUAAUCCCACAGAAGGAACUUAACCGCAAACACGAUGUAUACAUCACUCUAGUAUCUAGUAGUCAUGGGGUUAGUGCUAAGGGGAAGUAUGUAUCAAUAAUCUCAACCACUGUGGAGACUAGCAACCCCCAAAAGGAAAUAAAACCGGCAUUGAACCUUUUGGGUACAAUUGAAGAUUCCUUCUUCAUCCUUUCAGAUAUUUACGUUCCUACAGAUGCUGUAAACAGUGACAAUAUCUUCAUAUCAUCGUCUUACGAUGCAACUUCCCAUUUUGAAACGGCAUCUGAUGACAUUUUGAAGAUGUGGAGACAGAUUACAGGGAGACAGUUGGAUUUGGAGAUUGACAGUGAUGACUCUGAUUAA